ACCCGACGCACUCUCUCUCUAUGGACUCCCGGGCAGCUUCGGGCUCCCACGCCACCCGCUCCGCCGAGUGACCCACCGGGAAGAGCCCCGCAGAGCCCCAGGCCGCACCGAGGAGCCGCCGAGCCGAGCCGAGCCCCGCCGAGGAGCCGCCUCCGCGCAGGAUGGUCCGCACACUGUAUGCCAUCGGUGCCUUGCUUCUUCUGGUGGGAUUUCUGCUACCAGCAGCCGAAGGGAGAAAGAGGAAUCGUGGAUCUCAAGGUGCUAUCCCUCCUCCUGUCAAGGAUCAGCCCAAUGAUUCAGAGCAAAUGCAGACACAGCAGCAGUCAGGCUCCAGGCACCGGGAGCGAGGGAAAGGCACCUCGAUGCCUGCUGAGGAGGUGCUGGAGUCUAGUCAGGAGGCAUUGCACAUCACUGAGCGCAAGUACCUAAAGCGGGACUGGUGUAAAACCCAACCCCUCAAACAAACUAUCCACGAAGAAGGCUGCAACAGUCGUACCAUUAUCAACAGGUUCUGCUAUGGCCAGUGCAAUUCUUUCUAUAUCCCCAGGCAUGUCCGCAAAGAAGAAGGCUCCUUCCAGUCUUGUUCCUUCUGCAAGCCCAAGAAAUUCACCACCAUGACUGUUACACUCAAUUGCCCCGAGCUUCAGCCUCCAAGAAAGAAGAAAAGAAUCACCCGAGUUAAGGAGUGCCGGUGUAUAUCUAUUGACUUGGACUAAACUGAGAAAAAGUAGCAAUUGCACUCUUGACUGUACGCAAUCACUGCCAGUGUGAGAGUCAGUGGCAAGAUCUAGCCCACCUUCAAGGCUGGGCACAACUGAAAGGGACCUAGUGAAUUACCUAAAACCAGCAAA